AUGUCUACUACUGAGCCCACCGUUCGUUGUUCCCCGACGAUGAAGUCUCAUCGAGAAAAAACAUGGAAGGAGGGAGUGAUACCAGAAAACCAGGAAGAUCGCCCACCUCCACCCCGCCCGACCUAUUCCCCAGUUACGCCAGUGUUCGCCCAACUCGAACCGGUCGCUGCAAAGAACGCCACGAUUGUACCACCACCCUUGUCGCCUUCACCUACUAAUAACACUCCGCACCAAAUAUAUCGUCCACCACCACCUCCGGUAAAUCCACCUGUCUUCAAACCGGAGCCACCUCCAGUCCCCAUCUCCGAGAGUGAUAACCCCGAUGCGAUCGCACUGCGUUCCGCCAUAUCCAUAUUGCAGAUGCAGAAGCAGCAGAGCUUGCGCGAUAUAAAAUCAUUAGAUCGCUUGAAGGAGGCCGCCGCUGCCGACCCAGAAGGCUUUGCGCGUGAGUUGGCGGCGGGACGUUUGCGCACUGAAGAUCGCGGGGCCAUCAUACAGUUCUCCGACGAGAUGGACAUAGACGAGGAUGAUAAAGAAAACCCGAAACAGACACAGGGCGGGAGUCCCUCGGCAUUUGCCCGCAUACCACAACCUCAAAAUGUGGUGCGCAUGCCACCGAUCAACUGGGCCAAGUACCAUGUGACUGGAGAACCACUCGAUCGCAUGCAUGAAGAACAGUUACGCCGUCCAGACCCUGGAGAACCACGACGAGAACCUGCACCGGAACAUAUUUUGGCCUCGCCAUACCGUCCACUGGUCGAUCAGUUAGAUACACCUGCACGGCUGGGCCGGCCAACCAAGACCAAAAAAUGA